AUGAGUACUAAUAACAUAGUCAAAGGCGGUAAGAAGGAAGAGACAAGCCCAAAUACAAAGUGUGGCUCGGGAAAUGCAGUUGGAAGCGUGGACGAUAAAAACAAUAACGUAAUGGGAUCUGGUAGGUUACCGGUAGUACGAAGGCAUAGAGCGAAGACAUUUACUGGGUGUUGGACGUGUAGGCUAAGGAAGGUUAAGUGUGAUCUUGGGAAGCCGACGUGUAAACGUUGCGAGAAAUCGAGGUUAGAUUGUGGCGGUUAUGAUAUUAAGCUACGAUGGUCGAACCCUAUCCAGUUUGAUAAAUUUGGUAAUCAGGUUGCGGCUGAUACAGAUAAGGAAGGUAGUGAACCGCAGCAGCAGUUUCAGAGGCGUAAUAUCACUUUUGUACGAUAUAAAGAUGAGUACGAGUAUUAUGAGGAUAUGGAUGAUGAGCUUUCGGCGCUACAUUCUCCCCCACUAGAUAUGAUUGCGAAUGACAAUACCUGGAUUAUUAAGAAGUUUGGUGUAUUCAAAGGAACCGAUCAAGGGAAAAAUAAGUAUGUUCCGCGGAAGAAGAAGAAGGCAAAUCGUAUACUUGUAGAUGCGGUAGCUAGAGAGAAACGUAAACGCCAAGAACAGAUCGAGAAGCAGGAGUUGCGGCGAAAAAGGAAGCAGAAACAGGCGAAUCAGAUGGCCUCAGGCGCAUUUUCAGCGAGUUUAAGACAGGUAGCUUCCGGCGCAACUAAUGCGUCGUCUGCGCCGUUUGAUUUUGAUAUUUCAAAUAUUGGGAUUGCUAGCCACGAAUGGAUUUCUGGCGAGCUGAAGGAUGAAGCUGUGCUAUCCGGAAUUACCCUACAUAACACGGGGAAUUCUAUACCAGGUACUCAUGCUUCUGGUAGUAUUGGUCCUGGUCGUAUGAGUGGUGGGAUGUUAAAUGCUCAUCAUUUAUGCGAUAAUAAUCGAAAUGGGAACAUUUCCUCGCAAUCUGCACCUGUUUUAUAUCCUCAAACCUUAAAUCGAGAUGAUAAAUUACGAGCAGCUAUAUCUGUUAAUAAGAACGUGCAACCUGCUAACGAUAUUACAUUAGGAACUGGGGAAUCUCGAAUGCCUAGGGAAGUUAUGGAGCUCGUUCAUUCAGAAAUAGCGAGCACCACUUUGGCUAAACUUCAUCAUAAUCUACCACUUCAGAUUUCUUCAUCAGCGCUAAAAAUAAACGGUUUGAUGAGGUUUCUUAUGCGGCACUACUCUCAGAAUGUAGUUGAAGUAAUGAGCCUGGUAUCGCUACCUAGUAAUCCUUGGAUAACAAUUUAUUUGCCUCGGGCACUAAAUGCCAUGGGCGAGCUAGCUGCAAUUGGACACACUUCUAAUUCAAGGAACACUAUCCUAAAUGCCAUUUUGGCCCUAUCCUGCUUUGAUUUACGGAAUAAAUUCCCGAGCAAGUCAGAUGAAGCCAAAUACUUCCUUAAUUUAAACUGUCAGUUUAUGAAUCAAGCCCUUUCAUUCCUAAAAUUAUGUCUCGAUUUGACAAUUAAAGAUGAGAAGUACAAAGACGUUUUGGCUGCCAUCCUUGUUGUUGUGUCUGUUGAAAUUAGAUGUGGAUCGACUAUGGAUUUUCAACGUUACCUUAACAUAUGUGAAUGGUAUAUCCAUGACCGGAUGAAACUCAGACCCUUGUGUUCACCCAAAGCGCGAUAUUUGCAUCGAAUAUUUGCAUUGUUAAAACUAAUCCAAAGUUCAACAGCUAUAGACAAGGUAUCAGAUAAGGAGCUGAAUAGUGAAGUGCGAAAUAGUGGAGGUUCGACAAUGAUGAGCGAUUUAUUGACAAGAAACAGCAAAAAUGAAAAAACAGGUGCAUGUGAGACGUUCUUUAGUAAGGAUGGUAUUAGUAUUGAAAUUUCUCCUGUGGAAAGGAUUGUCUUAGAAUCUGCUGAAUGUGGUACUACUUUACAAUUAAUUAAUGAAGAAUUAUUAAAAGACGCCUUCUAUGGUCUUCCGGUUUCGAUCGUAUUAUUAUUUGCAGAUUGUAUUGAACUUAUCCGGAAAAAGAACUACUUCCGUAAUAAAGGCCUUAGUAUAUCUAGCGACUUCGAGAAAUCAUUUCUUGUUCUAGAGAAAAGGCUACAAAAUUGGGAACCAGAGUGGAAUUUUUGGAAAGAUGAUAGAAAGCUUGAAUUUAUUAAUGAACUUAGCGAAGGGAUAUAUCAUCAUACGAUGAGCUUUUAUAAUGGGUUAAUCAUAUAUUAUUACUCAAUGGGCCGUGACUUUAACAUAAAUUCAUUACAAUCAUAUGUCCUUAAGGUACUAAAUCAUCUUACCCCAUUGGACAAAAUAAUCAAUGUUAAGCAGUCUAGAAUUAACCCAUUAGCUUGGCAGAGUCUUAUUGCAGGAUGUGCGUGUACUGAUACAAAUAUGCAAUUUGCUUUCAAAACUUGGAUGACUCAAUUUGCUAAUGGCGGAGUUGGUCCAUAUUAUGGCGCUUUACAAGUUAUGCUUGAAGUUUGGAGAAGGAGAUUAAAUUAUGAGGAUAAUGACGAUUGGUAUUCAGUUUAUUCUGAUUGGGGAAUGAAUAUGAUACUUUGUUGA